CAAGUAUUUAGUAUAUUCUCUGUUACCGCCCAAAAGACUUUGCUGGUCCACGAACCAUAAGUAACUAUUGCAACCCUUUUAUAGUUUAGUUAGAACUCUGAGGAGUUUUAUCAGUCAGUCAUGGACUCUUGCUUCACCCUCAAGCAAAAAUGGUGGCUCUGCACUUCUGCAAGUUUCAUUGUUGUAAUCAUUGUUUUCUUCAACUAUGAUUACGGUGGUCAAAACAAACCCAAAUUUUCAUCUCUCCAAAAUCAAACAUUUCAUGAUCAACUUCCUGUUUUGUCUGGCUUGCUGUUUGCUCAUCCUUUAAACUUAACUCUUUCUUCUUCUUCUUCUUCUUCUUCUUCUUCUUCUUCUGCUCUGUUCUCAAACAGCAGCACGCCAAAACUGUUGAACCCAUCAAACUUAACAGAGAAUAUAAGGGAAGCAAAGUCAUGGGUUGAGUUGAACAUGUUGGAAAAACAAGUUUCAAGAGCAGAAAGACAGAAAAAAGAAGAAGAAAAAUGCAAUGUGUUUAAUGGAAAAUGGGUUUAUGAUCCUAAGUCAAAUCCUGUAUACAAUGCAACAGUAUGUCCAUUUUUAAGUGACCAAGUUAGCUGCCAAAGGAAUGGAAGGCCUGACUCUGAAUAUGAAAAAUGGAGUUGGCAACCACAUGGGUGUAAGAUUCCUAGGUUUAAUGGGAAGAAGAUGUUAAAGAGACUUAGAGGGAAGAGAUUGAUAAUAGUUGGGGACUCACUUAACAGAAACCAAUGGGAAUCUCUUGCUUGUCUUCUCUAUUCUUCUAUCCAUCCCAGAGGAGCAAUUCUUGACUUUCACAGAAAUGAUUAUAAACUCUUCAGAGCAACUCGCUAUAAAUGUUCAGUUGAGUUCUACUGGAACCCACUUAUGGUGGAAGUAGAAGAAAAGAAACAGGGGAAUAGCAGCAGCAGGAUUCUGAAACUUGAUAGACUUCCUCCAUUUGCUUCAAAAUGGGUUGGUGCAGACAUCAUGCUUUUCAACUCAGGUCACUGGUGGUUACAUGGUGAAAGAUUGAGAGCGUGGGACAUGUAUGGAUAUGGAAGGAAGGUGGUGAAGGAAAUGGAGAUUGAAAGAGCAUUUGAGAUGGGAAUGAAGACAUGGGCGAGUUGGGUAGAGAAAAAUGUGGAUAGAAACAAAACAAGAGUAUUUUUCAGAGGGUUAUCUCCAGAACAUAAAGGGAAAAAAGAAGAAUGCUACAAUGAAACAGAGCCAGUAGAUGAUGAAGAUGAGGAGGAGGAGGAGACUCGUCUGCCAAAAUAUUUCAGACCAAUCAUAGAUGUCGUUGAGAGAACAAUUACAGAGAUGAAGACUCCGGUAAAGUAUUUGAACAUCACAAAGCUUUCCCAGUAUAGAAAAGACGGUCACCCUUCUUAUUAUGCCACAAAGAUAGGUAAGUUUAUGGUGACGCAGAAGUUGCAGGAGGAGAAGAUGGAGACGAAGACGAAGAAGAUAAAGAUGAAGAUGAAGAUGAUGAUGGAGAAGAAGUACCACCCUGAUUGCAGUCACUGGUGUUUGCCUGGAAUUCCUGAUACUUGGAACAGAUUAUUGUAUGCAUUGAUGGCCUUAGAUACCUCUUAGCUAUUAGUAUAUACAAAUAUACAUACAUAUAAUUCUUCACUUAAAAACCCUUUUGGCCCUCUGGGUUAUCUUCAUUCUCAUGAAUCUGUACAAAUUGAAG